UUGUGUGACUUCAAACAUUUCAAACUGAGAGGUGUACACGGAACAUGAAUUACAGUUUGUCCUAUCAAUUUCUAUAGGUCUUCAAUGGCCCCGAAAACUAAAUAAUUUCAUUGUUUUUUUCUUUUAUGGUUUUACAAAAGCUGUCUAUACCAACAAUUUAAUGUUAACUUUCUUUGGACAUCUAUAUUGAGAAUUGCAAGGCCAUCUUACAAACAUCAGUUGUAAAUUUAUCAAAAGUAUCCACAAACAAUAUGAUUGUAAUUUCACAAAAAAAAUUAUAACCAAGUCCAGGAGCCAUAAUACAAACAAAAACACAAUAAAUACACAUGCCAAUUUCUGGUAGUUAGUGCCACAAACAAUCAUUAAUCAAUACGAUCACAGCAAAAUUUAUAGAAAAACUGAGACUGAGGCCCCGUCCACACAAAGCCGGCGAAUCCGCUGACCGAAACCGUAAACUUCUGAAACCACCCUCGGAGGUGGUUUCAAAUCUACCCGGUUUCGUUUUGGAUUCGUGUGGACGCCUGAAACGGACUGAAACCGUAAACCAUGACGUCAUCGCCCCACCCCUCGACCCUCUAGCCAAUGACUGUUAAGCCCGCGGAGUCUCAGAACUCACAACAACAAAGAAGAUGACUACAGCCUUGUAAUCGUUCUGCAGCAAAUCAUGUCCCUUGUUGGGUUGCUAAGCCAUUAUUUAUUGAGACGGUGUUCGGGUGGUUCGGGGGGCAGCCUUUUUUGCGCAUGUUCGCCUCUUCUUCUUCUUUAUUGUUCUUCUGGAUUUCUGUAGCAGAAGCAGCGCCCCUUAUGGGCCUGGCAUGUGUACUAUAGCGUUUCUACAGAUCUACCCGGUUUCGCUUGACUCCGUCUUUACGGAGAUACUCCGAAACCGGAUAGAUCGAAACCGGAACGGUUUCGCCCGUGGGAGCUUCCGUUUCGGUGGACGGGGCCUGAGACAGACAUGUGUCAGAUGUAAAAUAGAUUUUCAGAUUUAAAGGUGACAUAUUAUACCACCAGAUGUGAUUAGCUGUUACAAGCUGUUUUGAAGGUGGACUUUCUAGGUGGACUUGUGAUCAGUCAGAAGGGGCAGAUUUUCAAAACGCCUUGUAACGGCUAAUCACACUCACACCUGGUGGUAUAAUACGUCACCUUUAAUAAUCCCUGUUCAAUAAUGUACCAGAAUUGUCAGUCUAAUCUUUAAAAUAAUAUAUAGCUUUAAGGUAAUGGAAAAGGAAAAAAAUCUAGCAAGGGCACAUUUUCCAAGUGUAAAUGUGGUGUUUAUUAAUAGUAAAUGGGACAGUAAGGUGUUUCUAGAUUAAGGAAUAUUUCAAAACUACCUGAGCUGCUAUGGUUUUUUUCAAAUGGCUUUAGAGAUUCAUCGCCUUCAGUCAAUCAGUAGCAUACAGCUUUAGUUCCCAAUGAAGCCAUACUGGGAAACAGAUGACUAACUGGGUCUUCCAACCGCCAGAGCAGGUGAGAAGGGGAACACAAAGAAGAUCUGUUCUGACAGCUUUGGCUGAAAUCAGGACUAAACUCCAGGAGGAAAGAAGAUCUGUUCUGACAGCUUUGGCUUAAAAUCAGGAAUAAACUGCACGAGGGACAAAAUGGGGGAAGUGACGAUUGAAGAGAGAGGACAAUGGGCCAGUAAGACAGAGUUCCUCCUGGCGGUCGCAGGGAACGUGGUGGGCCUGGGAAACGUCUGGCGGUUUCCCUACCUCUGCUACAAAAAUGGAGGGGGUGCGUUCUUGGUGCCGUACAUGGUGUUUGUGGUGACGUGUGGGGUGCCCCUGUUCCUGUUGGAGACGUCGAUGGGUCAGUACACCCAGGAAGGAGGAAUCACUGUGUGGAGGAAGCUUUGCCCUCUGGCAGAAGGUAUAGGCUAUGGGGGCCAGGUGGUUCUGCUGUACAGCUGCAUAACCUACCCCGUCAUAUUGACCUGGGCCCUGUUCUACUUGAUCUUUUCCUUCAGCUAUGAGCUCCCUUGGGCCAGCUGCACUAACUACUGGAACACAGACAAAUGCGUAUCAUUUUCCCUGGGAAACGGGGCCGUCGGAUGGAACAACCAGACCAACUCUACCUCCGCAUCCACAGAGUUUUGGGAACAGCGAGCGUUGUCCAUCUCAGGUGGGAUUGAAGAACUUGGCAGCAUCCGAUGGGAAUUGCUGCUCUGUGCCCUUGUAGUGUGGGUCGCUUGUUACUUUUGCAUCUGGAAAGGAGUCCGCUCAACAGGCAAGGUGGUGUAUGUCACUGCAACCUUUCCCUACUUAAUGUUGCUCAUUUUGCUGAUCCGUGGACUCACUCUGCCGGGGGCUAUGAACGGAGUGGUGUACUAUCUUUACCCAGAGCCGUCACAUCUAUUGGACCCACAGGUAUGGAUGGAGGCUGGUGCACAGAUCUUUUUCUCCUACAGCAUAGGAGUGGGAUCCUUGACCGUGCUAGGGAGCUAUAACCCUUACUACAACAACUGCUACAGAGACUGUCUGUGGUUGUGCUUGCUGAACAGCUGCACCAGUGUGGUAGCAGGGUUCGCUGUGUUCUCAGUACUCGGAUUCAUGGCAGAGAUGCAGAACACGCCCAUUGAUCAAGUGGCAGAGUCAGGCCCAGGGCUGGCGUUCGUUGCAUAUCCUCAGGCGAUAGCCAUGAUGCCGCUGCCUCAGCUGUGGGCCGUGUGUUUCUUCAUUAUGAUCAUUCUCUUGGGCCUGGACACUCAGUUUGUUGCAUUGGAGGUGGUGAUGACAUCGGUCAUAGAUCUGUUCCCCAAAGUGCUCCGCAAGGCCGGCCGCCGGGAACUCCUGCUCCUCCUGUUCUGCUUUGUCUGCUUCUGUUCGCAGCUCGUCAUGGUCACGGAGGGAGGAAUGUUUGUGUUCCAGCUGUUUGAUUACUAUGCAUGUAAUGGAGCAUGCAUUCUCUGCCUUUGUGUGUUUGAAGCAUUUGCACUUGGCUGGAUAUUUGGGGCUGAGCGGAUGUAUGACAUCAUUGAGGAUAUGACAGGUGUGCGGCCCAACUGGUUCUUUAAGCAAUGCUGGCGUUACCUCACACCCCUGGUCUCACUGGUCUCUUUUAUAUACUCUAUGGUUGAUUACCAGCCACUCACCUUCAACCGCUGGUACGUGUAUCCGACCUGGGCAUACACGUUGGGCUGGCUGAUGGCCUUGUCCUCCAUGAUUCUGGUCCCAGCAGUGACGCUGAUAAAACUGGCCACUGUGCCUGGAACUCUGCCUCAGCGAUUGCGUCGUCUGUGUCAACCUGCCGCCAAAUACCCGCUGGCCCUGGACAAGGAGGGGGAGCCAAUGGCCUGGGACAGGGGGGGGGAGCCACUCAGGGAGGUGGAGCCUCUCAGGGAGGUGGAGCCACUAAGGGAGGUGGAGCAAAUCAGGGAGGUGGAGCCACUGGCCCUGGACAGGGAGGUGGAGCCGUUCAGGGAGGUGGAGCCACUGCCUGAGGACAGGAAGGUGGAGCCGCUGCCCAAGGACAGGGAGGUGGAGCCACUGGCCCAUGUCAGGGAGGUGGAUCCGCUCAGGGAGGUGUAGCCGUGGUCUUACCUCAAUAGACCACAUGAUAUUAACGCUGACAUCAGUACAUCAUUGGACCACACCUUGGUAUUGUCAACACCAAUUCUCACUAGUUUGUUCCUCUAUACAUUGGGGCCAAAACAACACCAUAUAAAGACAAUAUGCGGAAUCUUAACACUCAUACAAAUUGACACCAUCGGCUCUUUUUUGCCAGCAUGCCUCCCUAGCCUAAUUAUGUGCAACUGUUUUGCCCCUAGUUGUGACCUAAUUUUUGAACGCCUCAUAGGAGUUCAUUAUGACUAUCUGAACCUCUUGAGUGAAAUAGACUGCUCUUGAUCUAUCAAGUUUGUAAAGGUGAGUAAAAUGACGCAAUGCACUAUUUAACUAUGAUCGCGAGUUUCCAAAGAAAGCCUGGGUAUGUUCAGCGAGGUUCAUAGCAUACCCCACAAGGCUUAUAUAAAAAAGAUGGCCUUGCUUUUUCAAUGGAAUAAUCAAUGGAUGUGAACUGUAAUAACAAAUUUGAGGUAUAUUCAAUUUCCUUUGUGUAAGUUUCACUCAAAAAUGACCAUGUUUCCCCCCCUUUUUUUAUUUACACAGUUACUGAAACAAAUUGGUACAAAAUGUACUAGAUUAAUAAUAUGAGGAACAUACCACUAUUUCGGGAGCAAUUAACUACGUUGUCUCACUUUCAGGGACCCAUACAUUUUUAUAAAACUU